GGUUGAGACACAAAUUGUGGCAAAAUGCAGGGUUAGAAAAUGUCAGUAUAACUAUUUCCAUGUAAUGCAGCCUGGGGGGAUUAACCAACCAAUAAAUACCCAACUGAGCCCUUAGCCCCCCUGUGUAUAAAGCUGCAUGGGUUCCAUAGGGGGAAACUGCUAUUUCCUCUCAUACAAUAAUGAUUUCUUUUCUUUCUUGUUUCUCUCAACAGAUAAAAAGCUAAAAGAAAAAUUGAAAUCAAAAGAAAAAACAAUAGACAGCAUACAAGGACUGCUACAAAGAAAGGAAGAAGAACAAGAAUUGCGUGAAUUUAUAGCAGAAAUUCGUGAUGUAAUAGCAGGAGGAGAAGAGGCACAAGCUGAAAUGAAAAAAGAACUAGGUAAUCUGGAAGAACAGAACAGUGGAACUGCGAAUGAAGAAGACACCCUAUUUCUCGAUAAACAAUCGGAUGAAGAGGCAAAGGGGGGAGUGGUCUAAUUUACAAAGCAUUGAGCUUCAGGCUCCAUAUUACUGAUCAGUUAAAGAACUCACUCGGGUUUUUGCCAUUUGUUAUACAGAACUUUCCCACUUGAUGGGUCUUAAAUCUGUGGCCCUAAAUGAUGUUCCCAUGAAACAGAAUUUCACACACAGGGUCCGACUUCAUCCCUUUCACAUCAGCCCCGUAUAUAAUCUCCCUGAUGCACGGCUGGUUAGCAACGAGCAGGAAUGCUGCAGGGCACAGGGGUUCCUAAGUAGCCAUGCAACUCUUACCUUUAUUGAUUUCUAAUCAGCCAUGUAGCAUCAGGAUUCCAUAUCUGAUAGGUAUAAAAGGGAUGAGGUGCCCCCCCUUUAGUGCCCCAAUAUAUUAUGGGGCUAUAGGUCAGUGGUCCCCCCACCAUCUGUUUUAUUGUUUGUUUGUUAUGUUUUUUCAUGUAAUAAUUGUAAUACAUUUGAUAAAAUAGAAGUCAUUGUGCCUGCGGGGCGGCUCCACACAUUAAAGGAUCCAUGCACUCAUAGCAGCCAUGACAGAUCCCAGUAGCAUGCUGGGUAAAGUAUAAAGAAUUAUGGGAAAAAUGGUCAAGCUGCUCUAAACCAGCAGUUCAGCCCCACCCUGCCUGCUCACUGUGAGAGAGGAAUUUAUAUUCCUGACUUAAUGUGAACAAUGGAAAUUGGUGCUAAUAAUUUAUUUUAAUCUAAUGAAGGAAAUUCAAAUGACAUUUCAAACUCAACUUCAUUUUAUGUUGUUUUUGUUGCACCAUAGCAACCAAUUAGGAGCCUGUGUGCCUGACUUGGAAAUAAGUCUCAACAAAAUAUAUUUAUUAGCAGUAUUCAAUGUAGUCUCACCUCAUGCUUCUGGUUGCCAGGGUCACUGACCCUAUCAACAAGACAUGCUGAUAUAGUAUUAUAGGGAACGCUCCCGUGGCCUUUGUUAAUAACUGUAGAUACUGCAUUUUCAAUGUAUUCAGGAAACCCAUUUACUGAUAUUGCCCUUUUUGGGGGAUGAGUGUAAAGUAAUAAACCAGCGCUCUCGGCGCUGAACUUCAACCCUCUCCUCUCAGCGAUUGGCUCGGCCCAGACUGUCCUGUGAAUGCACUUAUUUUUUUGAAGCCAAAUUUAGGCCAAAGUGCCAAUUAGCUGUCAGGGGAGAAUAAAUCCAAGCAUUUUCUAUCUAUAUAGGCACCCAAGGGUCACCCCUCCAGCUGCCGCCCUAGGCACAGCCCCCGGGUGCACUUUAUAGGUCUCUGUGUUAUUCAGGUUGUAUUAAAAUGUGCAAUGCCUUAAUGUGAGAUGAUGGGGCUGUAAUACCCCUCAUUGUGAAUUUUACAGUCUUAUAGCCGUAUUAACCCCAUAUAGCUGUUACUAACCUCUCCAUGUAUAGUUACAUGUAAUAUCUAUGUAAAUAGGGCAGUGACAAUGUAGCCCGUGGGGUUAUGGGGUCUCACUGUAAGUCUGUGAUACAUAUAAUCAUGUUUUGUGUUACUUUCUUUAUAUGAUUUAUAUAAUAAGAGCCAGAGGUUCUCACUUUCAUUCCUUGCAGAGCUCAUUAAGUGAAGGUUCCUUUGGCUACAGACGGUUCUAUACAGACAUAAGCAGCGCCAGUUCAUACCCCUGUCCCAUAAUAGAUAUAGGGAUAUACCUGCCGGCCAUAGAGGGAUCCUGCCAUUACUGGGUAUAGUUUGUGUGUAUAUAACAGUAUAAGACAUCUAUGUGCGCAGUUAGUAUCUGUAAUUCACUUCCCAGUGAGACUGUAACUAAUGGGCUAAUUGGCACUUUCUGUGCUUUGUUCAAGGAAUAAAAGUGAAAUCUUUCUUCUAACAGUCGUGUUGGACUGACAGUCAGAGAGGGGAGUUACUCGGUGCAUUGUGGUCAAUAUGCAAUUUCAGUAUUUACACUUAAAAAAACAACUUUUUCAACUUGCUUUAUGGCAUAAAUGUAGGGUUGCCCCCUGUCCAGUUUUUACCCAGAAAGCCUGGUUUUCGGAAGGGUUGCCCAGGUCAAAACCUCAUGGUUUUCUAAAUUAGGAAAACCGUGUUGGACUCACUGAGAUUGACGUGGUGAUCAGCCAAUUGCCAAUCACCAUGUUAUAGCCCUGCCCAGUGACGUCACUGCCCCGGCUUGUACCCACCUUGUGACAAAAAAAGCCAUCAGAGGGGGCAACCCCCCAUACCUGGCACUGCUUAUGGGGCUAUUAGUCCCCCAGGCAAUGGAACAGGUGGAGUUGCUAAGUGCCAUUACCCUGGGUAAGUGGGUCAUAGAAAUAAUGGGCACUUAAUAUCCACCUAGAACAUCUGCCCUGCAGCCCAGCAAUGUGUAUUUGUUACAAGCCUCCUUGAUCGUUUAGAGUAACCCGGUAACCACUAGAGCCGCGCUCUCACUGCCUCCAGCGCUUGGGUUUUUGUUUGCUUAUUGUGUUUUUUUUUACCUUUCUCUUAAUAAGUCAUUCAUUUUAUACAAAACUAGGAGGUUACUAUACCUGUGGGCCGGCCCCUAUACAAACCAACGUUCUACCAACAAUAUGAUCCCUAUGCCAGGAACAGACAUGGCAGAUCCCAACAGCCUUCUCAGUAUGGCAGACUAGAUUAUGGGGGCAAUAGAUGCAGAUGGAAGAUACAGACAAAGAAUGUCUAAAGAGAAAAUAGUCAUAGACAAUAAAUAGGAAAAUCUCACAUUGGCCUUUCUCUAAUUUGCCUCAGAGGUGGCAAAACCUGUCCUUACCCUGAAAGUUCAAGUUUAACUUCCCCUUUAACCAUCAGUGUUUAGUCUUUAUUGCUUCUAGAACAUUCAAUAUAGUCAAUUAUGUUAUAGAACAUUUAGUAAUGCUCUCAGUUGAUAUUGCUUACUAUGUACUUGAUUACUGUAUAUUCCAUUUAUUGUGGACAAUUCCUUUAGUGAUAUUGUUUUCCUUUUAUAAGAUGUUAUGGCGGGGAAAGACAUUCAUAUCUAUGUGCAAAGUUACCAUCUGCUAUUAAUCGCUCAGGGAAACUGUAAUCAUAGAUAUAUUGUGCAUUUCUGUGUGUUUUUAUGGAAUAAAAGUGAUGGGAGAGACCAUGGGUAGGAUCUCAGCCAUAGGAGCCUCCCCCUGGGCUUAUUCAUGUGUUUGAUGCCCAGCAAUGCCCAUUAGCAGCUCAGCAGCCCCUUAACUAUCAUUGCCCAGCAAGCUCCUCCCACAUUGUUCCUCAAUGAGCCCCCAGGGGGCACAGCUGGGCACAUUUGGACACUUUCUUAUGGUGUUUAACCUAUGGCUGAUACACAUGUAACGUGGGGCAAACAAAGUACAGAUUGCCAGUGAAGGACCAUCCUCAGAACCUUCCAUUGGGUCCAACUGGACCCCACUGACCUUGGGGAUUGUUGCCAUUUUGUAUCCCUUGAACACCACAAGCCCCGCCUCAUUUCCAACCCAUGGUUCUUGCACAGAACUUUCACAUUGUUGACUGUUUGUGUAUAGAUUUGUGUAUAGGAACACGGGAUUCGUUAUUCUAUUUUUGUUUUUGCCAAAGGAAAUUUGUCUGAAGCCUGAUUUUAUAUUUGCUGUGAUAUGUUAUAUAAUAUUAUAUGUAAAGCUAAAAUGUAGUUACAGGGUGUUGGACUGCGCCCCCUAGGGGAACCAGAGAACCUGACAUUGAGGGGCCCCUCUCCCAAUAAGAUGUACCCACUGCUGAAUGUAAUAGGUGCCAUAUAGACCUAUGGGGAAAAUAAGCAAGGCCUGAUGGGUAUUAUCCUUGCAGGGGGCCCUCCGGCAGUUCCCUGGUACUCUCUCCGGCAGGCCAGUCCCACCCUGGGUGCUGUUGCUGUUACACUGUUGCUAUGCGAUGCUGAUGUAGUAAUGUAGACAUGAUGAUGAUAUAGAAGGAACCAUAACAACCCUUUGGGGAGGGUUAUGGUGUAUUUGCAAAGCACUUAUAUUUAUCUGCUUCAUAAAGCCAUAUAUUGGCAUUUUGUUAAUUUUUUUGUAAUCAUUUUUAUAAAAAGAGGAAAAGUUGCUGCCGGGUUCCAUGCAAAGCACAUUGAUAAAGAGUUUAAGCUGAUAGGUCCCUCUGAGCUACAGGCAGGGUCCAUAUAAAGACUUGGCAGUGCUCAGUAUUAGCCCAUGUCCCAUAAUAGAUACAGAGAUAGAACUUGUGGGACAUAACCGGACCCUGCCGUGACUGCAUAGAGUUUGUGCUGAUACAGAUAUAUUGCAGCUCAGGUGUAACAGGGUCCAAUCUGAUUGGGUAAAGUGAAACCCAUAGACAAGAAGACCAAUGAUAAUAAUUGGGACCAGGAAGGAUGAACAUCCAGAGCCCAUAAGGGAAGAUUCCUUUCCCAAAGUCCCUUACAGUAUAUGGUUCUAUGAGAUGUAACGGCCGGCAGGGUGAGACUUAUCUAUGUGCAACGUUAACGUCUGUUAUUCAUUUCUCAUUGAAACUGUAAUCACCAGACUAAUUGUGACUUUCUAUGUGUUUUUAUGGAAUAAAAGUUAAUUUUUCCUCUAA